CGUUUAAAGGAAUAAAUUCAUUCAGGGCGUCGUAAAGUAAACAAACAUGAGCGCACUAACCUCAGAGGUUAAUGACGAGAACAAGACGGGCAGAAAUUGUUUACUGGGUAACUGGGUUGAGGAGAGGGCUACAGCACUGCUGGAUAGGACACGACGUAAAUCUUGUAUUCAUAAGAAUGGACACAGAGGAAUCCUCACUGUGGACACAGCUGCUAAAGUGCAUGGUGUUAGUACAUUCAAAGCUGCCUUCAAUGCUCCAAAAAGCCUUGGGAUGAGACAGAAAGGAAAACGGACUGAACUUAUAGAAAAGGACCUCAUCAAAAGAAUAAGUGUUCAGGUACAUGCAGAGCUGAAUCCAGCCCCUCCAGCCUCUGAGUUGUGCUCGGUUACCAAAGCAGACUACAAGGUAGAGGGCUUCAAGCCUGUCCACGCACCACUCAACAUGGAGCAUGAUUACACGACAGAACAGGCCAUUACAUUCUGGAGUGAUAACUAUCAGAAGAUUCAGGGUGUGACAGCAGUUAAAACCAAGGAUUGCCCAUUCAAAAGAAAUGCCACUUUUAGCACACCAAUCAGUGAACAACUGGAUCAACUUGAUGACACCUUGCCAUACCCUUCUGAAAAAUAUGCUCCAUUGUGACAAAUUUAUUGUGAAAAAAAUGGUGUCUUCUUUUAAAUGUCAACAUAAAGUUUGUUUUGGAGUUGAUAACUACUAUGAAUAAAAAAAACACGCAAUUACUGUACAGUUCAUUAACAGAGGUAUAAGCCCAUUACAUGGCUCUCUUUUGCAUAAUUUUGCAUAAUGACCCUUAAAUUGUAUACUGACCUGCAAAGGCAAAAUGCAGUAACUAUACAUUUUGUUGAGUGAGACUAUUUUAUAAUGCACAUUUGGCUGGCGUCAUUUCAGUGUAUAUAUAUAUAUAUUUGUAUAUAUAGAUGCCGCAUUAUUGCAACAGAAUGGAUAGGUCAUAACCAUAAAUGAAUGUAGCUCCAAAAACAUCCAUAAUAUACAUAUU